AUGAAUGACAUGCGAGGAGAUCACAUAUCGGUUGAAUAUCGAUUGGAUAAGUUUGUUUACUUUGAACUGAGUAUAUUGUGUCAGUUAGACCACAACUACAUGUUGUUGCUAUUGCUUCUCACGGCAGUCUCGACAGUCCACUCGUUGACCUGCUACAAUGGUGCGAGACUGUUGCGCACGUCAGCAGUGGGCGAAUCAGUCGAAGAAUGUCCUUCGGGCGCUUACUGCUACAAUAUGACAGCUAAUGUCGCUUUUAUCGUAGAUGCCGUGAAAGCAGGCUGCUCUACUUGGAGGUGUCUGUUGGCACGAGACACUUGCAUUAGCACCACAUUCCAAAUGAUUCCGGUAAGCUUAUGCUGCUGCAGUACUGAUCGUUGCAAUGUUGGCGAAAAUCGUGCUUAUAGUAGCAUUGCUGGAGGAAAUGAUGGGGGAUUUAGCCGAAAUGGGGGAGACAGCAGCAACACUGGAGGAAACACAAGAGGAUCGGGAGGAGGAAAUAACGGUGGAGCGAAUGAAGAACAGAAGAAAGGAUGGUUUGGAGGUCUAUUCGGCAAGCCUGACCAAGGUACACCUCCACGAUCGCCAUCCGGCUCUGGCUCGGGAGGUGGUCACUGGGAUGCAAAGGACAUCGAGAACAAAUUCAAGGGCUCCGACAUUGAUCAUCAUGGAGGUGGUGACGGAGGAGAGGAAGUGUUUGAAAAGAUAGAUGUCCGCCACACAACUCGACCGCCACGAAGACUUUCUUCAAAUGAUAGAGCACCCAGCACCUCCAACGAUCGACAUGGAAGCACAGGAGGAGGUGGAAGGGAAAUUGAAUUGGAUGUUUAACUAUUUGCUUUUGAAUUCUAAUUAAUCUUUGAUUGCCUGUUCUUAACAAUGUUGAAUUUUACUGUUUGAUGUAAGUACAUAGACGCCGUAACACUAGUUAAUUUGCAUGCAAGCUCGUGAAACUUCAACUAGUUUCCUUGUGAUAUUUUCUUUGCUAUGUAAAUUCGUAUUGUUUCUAAUAGCAUGCCCGGGUAAAAGGACGCUUGCAAGGUGCGCGAAAACCUGCGGAUCAUGCACUCAUACCUUUUGUUCACGUUUUCCCGUCCAAUAAAGUUGUCUUGAAU